AGCGGGUUCCCACCCAUAUACCACAGCGCGAACUAGAAUUUAUUUAUUUUUUUAGUUUAGAAGUGUAUCUUGUUUUUCAACAUUGUAUAUUUUUAUGUUUUAGUGAUUAAUCUGCGGAAACUGUUUUGGCGUGUCAAGUUUUAAUCGAUUGGGACGUUAAACGCACUUAUCUGUCGCUGUUAGUCUUUCUCCCGCCGUCGAAGAGAAAAUGCCGCCAAACCGGAAAUCUGAGGCUCACAUUAGUGAUAUUAUCGCGACGCUACAGUCUUUGCCCAUACCGUGAGAAAUACGAUUGGGAGAUAUUACGGCUUCAUCAGACCUUUAAAUUCACACAGCCUCAGGUGUCCUGUGUCAGCGUUAAUCUCUGCAAGCUCUCCUGUCUGUCGUCUGCGGUUUAAAUGGAAAACAGUGCAGUGAAUUAUGAGAGCAACGCCACUGUAACGGUCCCCCCUGCGCACAGGAGCAGGUUAUGGAUUUGAACAGAGCCCUGCUUCUGCUGCUGUAUAUGGCUGCUUCUGAGGUGCAGGACAUUCAGACCAGACCAAUCGAUUUUGUGUGUGACUAUCAAGCCAGGAGAAGCAUGAACAAAGUGGAGGAGAUGAAGUCUGCCAUGGGGGAGUGUGAUGGGUCUGGCCUCCUCCCCUCUGCCAUCCCGCUGCCAUGUGUGGGAAUAAACAUGGGGGCCUGGAGGAAGAAAUCACUACAGCAGAAGAGGGGUCAAGUCUUGGCUGCUCUGAAGGUUCUUACAGAGGGUUUGAAGAUGGUGAGGGCAAAGACCCAAAAUGGGUGUCAGUCCACCCUGCUGGAGCGGCUGGAGCAUAGUGUCACCAAUUACCUGCACAUAGUGAUGAACCUGGAUAUCUUGCAGGACAAAGGCGAGGGCCAGGACUUUGCUUGUCAGAGCCGGAACACCCUGAAUUUAGACCAGGUCCUCAUGCAGUACAACAAGCUGCUCAGUGGCAUGCUGGAAAUGUUUAUGCUGGAGCUGAAGGACAUGUGCCAAGGGGAGACCUGACCUGUAACCUGUGAUCUCUGGCCAUAUAAGUAAGAAGGAAGAUGCCCCCAGUCACCUGGUGUGACCUCAAUACCUCACUUCAUUUUCCUGUCCUUUUAAGUGAGGAAAUGGAGCCCUCUGCUGGUGAAGGAUUGGAAAGACAAAAAAUGCUGGCACUUGUUACAAGUGCAGAAGCUCUAAGUGAUCAAAUGGGAUGUAGCAGCAUUAUAUAAGGUUAAGCAAGAUCACCAAAGGACACGAUGUGAUACGCUUGGACCUAAUAUUUUUCUCUGUGUUUGGAGGUGCAGACAGUGUUGUGUUUUUUUUUGUUUGUUUGUUUGUUUUUUUACAAUGACACAUGAAGAAACUAAAAGGAGGCCCUCAUUCAGGGUGAUGAAUUUGAAAGCAUCUGAGGCGACAAUGAACUGACUGUUUGACUGUUCGACAAUUUUAAACCCUGUUGUAGUUGGCUUAUUUUUGUAGGCUGGAAAGCUGGACUGAUGGUAAUGCCACAACACAGUCAGACAAAGAGAAGAGACCUGUAACCACUUACCUGGAAUGUUGUGGUUAGAAACAGAAGAGAAAAUCCUGGUGGAUGUGUAAUAUUGUAAAUUGAGUGAUAUGAUAAAUAGGAAAGAAAGGCCAUAAAGCUAGUUUUUUUUUUUUUUUUUUCCUGUGGUUGGUUUCAAAUUAUGAAACCAACCACAGGAAAACAAAUGCACUAGCUUUAAACAUUAGCUGCUCCAAGAGAAAAGUGUAUUUUAUUUCACUUUGCAUUUUGAUUUCAGUUUUUUUUUUAAACUGACUGAACACUUUCUAAGCUUUAUCUGCCAUCAGAACAGCUGAGUCUGUCACCAUCUCCCACCGCCUUGAGGAGGCAGUUUAGACUACCUGGGUUCAUCCAUCUUGAAUGCAUUUUGCGGUUUAGAAUCUGACUAUACUGCUGUAAAAUUGUUUUGUUAAAUGGCUUGUGAUAGGCUUUGAUUUUAUUAUGGGAAUUAUUAUUUUUAUAAUUGUUAAAUAUAUAGCCUACAGUAGCUACACUACGCUCUUCCAUAUAUUUGCACUUCGCAUUUGCAUUGAAAUUGUAUUUUUUACGUUGCAUUGGACUCUGCACUUAUAUAUAAUUUAAUCUGUAAUUCGCGGUGUUAACGUCGGUCUA